AUGGCGCAGGCUCACGCCACAACAUUAAAGCGUCCUCGCACCGACCCACCUUCGCCAUCAUCGUCAUCGUCCCCUAAGCGCGCCGCGUCAGAAGACACUGCCUCCAGCCCUCCUGCCUCCCUCGCUCCGGCUACCCACAACGCCUUUCCAUCGUCUCCUCUCAGAAUGGACCUCGACGACGACGGACAGAGCAGCUCUGGCUGGGUCGCCCAGACCGGCCGAGUCUCACUGGGCGAGGGCGACGCCGAGAACGGUGCCAUGUCCCAAUCCGACAGCAAGCAGCUCUACGACGCUGUCCUCGGUAAGAGCUGGGACACCGGUGCUCAAGCUGACGAAGCAGGUGCUCUCCCUCCUCCGUACACUGAGCGAUCAACGUUCUACCUGAUUCCCAAGUCAUACCUGAGGGACCUCUCUCAGCAUGCGCUCGACGGUGGCGAGGGAACGCCCCCGUCUCUGGACAUCACUCCGCUCGUCGCCUGCACCACCCCGACCGAGCUCACGGCCCUGAUCCCCGGUCAUGAGUCUGAGCCGCAGAAGCAGUUGUUCUGGCGACUCCGCGACGGCCUGCAGGAGGACGAGGACUUUAUCUAUGUCGGCUCCAUGGGCUGGGAGGCGUUAGUCAAGGCUUACAACUAUCCCGCCGACAGCCCGCAGCUCCCCCGUCUGUGUCUCGCCGGAGAACGGAUCGAGAUCGCCCCCCAGACCUACCGCCUGCAUGUUGUCUCGACCGAGCCUUCCAUCCCCGUUCCGCCUGCUGCGCCGCCCGCUCCCAUCACCAUCACUGCCCCGAGCACCACUACCUACUCCGAGCUCAAGACGUUCGUCCGAGCCCUCUUCGCGGACAAGAUCUCCGUCGGCGCCCCGCUCCGCCUGUGGACUCUCGACACGCAGGAGUCGCCGUCGUCGCUCGAGAUCGACGCAAAGGACAUGCCCAAGCUCUCGGCCAAGAUGAUGUCCGGCAACGACAGGACGCUGGCUGAUGGUGGCUUCGCGGACGGCGACGACAUCGUCCUCGAGGUCAGCUCGUCUAGCAGCGCCGGCGCUGUCGACUGGCCGCUGACUGCUGACGCGAACGGAAAUGCGACGGAGAAGCUGCAGCCGCUGUUCGGAAAGCCCGCAUUCUACUCCGGCAACUCUGCGGCGGGGUCGUCGACGAGCUCGUUGGCGGCCUUCAACAAGCCGCAGACGAGGUCGCAGUCGCGCACUCGCAGCGGUCACGGUCUCGUUGGCCUGAACAACCUCGGUAACACUUGCUUCAUGGCGUCAGCCACGCAAUGUCUCAGCAACACGUCCGUCCUGGCCGACUACUUCCUUUGUGAGUUUUCCUUAGGUGCUCUUAAACUGAUAUCAGCCGGUGUUUAUCGCGAGGAGCUCAACCCGGAUAACCCGCUGGGCAUGCACGGCCAGGUUGCCGAGGCCUUCGGCGAGACGCUCGAGGCUCUCUGGACGUCACCCGCACACUCUUCUUUCUCGCCCCGCCGCCUGAAGUCGACGUGCUCCCGAUUUGCCCCGCAGUUCGCCGGCUACGGACAGCACGACACGCAAGAAUUCCUGGCCUUCCUGCUCGACGGACUGCACGAGGAUUUGAACCGUAUCAAGAAAAAGCCAUACAUCGAGAAGCCGGAUUGGAAGCCCGGAGGUGGAGACCGCGAACUCGCCGAGCUCGGAAAGGAGUGCUGGGAGGGUUACAAGAAGCGCAACGACUCGGUCAUCGUCGAUCUGUUCCAGGGUCAGCUUCAGAGCACCCUCGUCUGUCCGGAGUGUCACAAGGAGUCCAUCACGAUGGACCCGUUCAUGUACCUCACGGUGCCCAUGCCCAUCACGCAGACCCGUACGUUCAAGUGCAUCUACUUCCCGAAGGACACCGACCUCGCCCCCGUCAAUGUCCAGCUCCUCGUGCCCGCCAACGCCUCGUUCUCGACCGUCAAGGAGAAGCUUGGUCAGCUGCUCCAGACGAACGGCAACAACAUUGUCGGCUUUGACUGUUGGAAGGGCGGCAUCUACGCCUGGUGGCUUGACUCGGACCCGAACACGGAGGCAAAGGACCACGAUGUUGCGAUCUUCCAUGACGUUGGCGUUCCCGUCACCGCCACCCACAAGGCGGUUGGUACCGUUCCCACGGACGGAUCUGUGACUGUUCCCGUCUACACGUUCCGCCCGAACGACUCGCCGCGUUCAUCGUUCUCCCGCGGCGACUCGGCCCCGUCGGAGGGAUGCCUCGAGCCGUUCUUCAUCACCCUCUCCAAGGAGGAGGCCAUGGAUCCGGCAGCCGUCCGCGAGGCGGUCAUGCGUGGCUACUCGCGUUUGGUCAAGCCCGAGCAGCGUAACGCGCUGUUCGUGAAGCCUAACGCUCCUCAGGCCCAGCCUCUUCCGGAUGUCGAUGACGAGGAUGAUGAGGUCGCUGAGAUCCGCGUCGAUGAGGAAGACGCCGAGGGCAUUGAUCCCACGAUGCUUGCGCCUCCCUCUGUCGAGGGCAUUCCCCGUUCAACGAGCUCGCUGUCAAUUGCGUCCCAGUCGGGCCGUGUCGUGGCCCGUGGAGAUCUGUUCAAGAUUUACGUUGCGGAUGCCGCCAGUGCCGAGUCCAACUCGUCGGGCAUGAGCUUCUUCAAGAAGCAGGACCCGAACGUGCACAACCUGUACCGCGGCAACCCCUCGGGUGCGCAGGGCAGCUGGUCGUCGCUUGAGAAGCGGGCGCGCGCUAAGCGGCCGGUCCUGCAGCGUAUGGCGUCGAGCUUCUCGAACCUCGUUGGCACCAGCAACAGCGCUGCGGGCUCUGCGGCCAACUCGGACGACGAGGCCGAGGCUGAGGACUCAAAGCAGCCGAAGCAGCCUGCUGCGUGUGUCCGCCCUGGAGAGGCUCUGUUUGUGCAGUGGAAGAACUCCAAGUUUGAGGAGUUCUUCGAGCCGCGACGCGAGCAGCUGCUGCGCGGACUCGAGCUUGUGGUUGACCCUGCUAUUGCUAAGGACGCGGAGAAGAAGGGCCGUGGGCGCGCGAUCACGCUCGACGACUGUCUCGACGAGUUCUCAAAGGAGGAGACGCUGGGCCAGGACGACUUGUGGUAUUGCCCCGUGUGCAAGAAGCACCAGCCGGCGACGAAGAAGCUCGAGAUCUACAAGGCGCCCGACAUCCUCGUCAUCUGCAUCAAGCGUUUCGGCUCGGCCCGCACUCUGCGCGACAAGCUCGACCACAUGGUCAGCUUCCCGAACGAGGGGUUGGAUCUUGACGAGCGCAUCGGCGAGCGCCGGAUCACGCAGUCGUUGCACCUCACGCCGGAGGAGGCCAAGCACUAUGGCAUCGAGCACUCGACCGAGCCCUUCAUCUACGACCUGUACGCGGUCGACAACCACUUUGGUGGCCUUGGAGGCGGUCACUACACCGCCUUCUGCCGGAACAAGGACGACCACCAGUGGUAUAACUACGACGAUUCGCGUGUCUCGAAGGCGUCGGCCGAGGGCGUACAGUCCCGCGCUGCGUACCUGCUCUUCUACAAGCGCCGCACGGAGCGUCCCAUCGGUGGCAUCUCUCGUAUCAAGGCGGAGGAGGCUUCGCGCCACGUCACGCCUAUGCCCUCCGAGCCCGCGUCGCCCGUGCUCGGCCCCAGCGUGCCAGCGUCUGCUAUGGCGAGCUCCUUCCCGUCAAUGCCGGGCACGCCGCUGCAGCCGUCGCCGACCGUUUCCCCGCAGGGCUCAGACGACAGCGACGACGACGUGCCUCUCGGCCGCAGCCGUGCCGCUCCUGCGACCGUCAGCGACCUGACUGCCGCAGGUGCACAGGUCGGAUUCGGGAAUACGAUGUGGGGCGCGGCCGCGGUCCCGCCGCCGACGGCGCACGGAUUCGGCCUGCCCACUCCCGACGCGAGUGACUCGGAGGCUCCCGAGACUAGCAACGGAGAGCAAGGGCUCGGAGGCUCGUACCACGUCGUUAGGAGCGAUGGCACGAGCGAGUCGGCUGAGAUGGUCAGCGCCCCGUCCCCGCCGAGCGAGUAG